CCGCCCGCCCCGCGCUCCGGUUGCGCAAGGAGCAGCGCGGUGCGGCCCCGUCCCGCCUCCCGCGGCGCGGAGCGGGGGGUGCCGGCUGCCGGGGCGGCCCGGGGCGGCGGCGGGAUGGGGUGGGCGCUGCUGGGCGCCGGGCUGCUGCUGGCGCUGUACACGCUGCUCCGCCACGGGCUGCGCCGCGCCCCGCCGCCCCGCGCCCCCCCCGCGCUGCGCGGCCGCACCGCCAUCGUUACCGGGGGAAGCGGCGGCAUCGGCGCAGCCACGGCGCUGGAGCUGGCCCGCGGCGGGGCCCGAGUCGUCCUGGCGGCCCGCAGCGCCUCGCGGGGGGAGGCGGCCGCCCGCCGCAUCCGCACGGAGACAGGGAACGAGGAGGUGCGCUUCAUGCAGCUGGACCUGGCCAGCCUGCGCUCAGUGCGAGCCUUUGCCAGCACCUUCCUGCGUCAGGAGCCUCACCUGCACCUCCUCAUCAACAACGCCGGCGUGAGCGCCGGGGGCACGACGGAGGACGGCUUCAGCCUCCCCUUCCAGGUGAACCACCUGGGCCAUUUCCUGCUCACCCAGCUGCUGCUGGAGCGGCUGCAGAGCUGCGCGCCCAGCCGUGUGGUCAUCGUCGCCUCCCGCGCCCACUGUGCUGGCCGCCUGCGCCUCGACACCCUGGGCCGUGCCCCCCCCGGGCUGCUCUCCACCUUCCAGGACUACUGCGACAGCAAGUUGGCCAACGUGCUGCAUGCCCGCGAGCUGGCCACGCGCCUGCAGGGCACCCAGGUGACAUGCUACGCCGUGCACCCAGGGUUCGUCAACACGGAGCUGUUCCGCCACAUGCCGCUGUGGCUGAAGCCACUUUUCCAGCCGCUGGCCUGGCUCUUCUUCCUGGACGCGUCCGAGGGCGCCCAGACGUCCUUGCACUGCGCCACGCACCACGGCCUCGAGCGCUUCAGUGGCCGCUACUUUGCCAACUGCCGCCCGCAGGAGCCGUGGCCGGCAGCACGGGACGACCGGCUGGCCCAGGCGCUCUGGGAGGCCAGCGAGAGGCUGGUGGGGCUGGUGGGGCCCGGGGGGAGCCCGUCGCCUGCCCCCGCCACCGUCCUGCAAUAAAAAUUACGUUGGUGACAGAGA